UUAACACAAUUUUUGUUAUUCAAUUUUGAUUUGGUUUUGUUUUGUUUUUUUUGCCAAUCAAACUCAUUGAAUAAACAACAACGAUCGGUGAUACCAGCAAAUUUUCGAAAAAGAAAUUUUAACCGAAAUAUCCGUAAAUAUGGAUUCGAAUUGCCGUUUCCGAAAAUUGUCCCGUUCAAAUAUUUCGGAUUCAAAUAAUAAUAUUUGUUAUUGUGAUUAUAAUCGAUAUUUUUCCAAACAAAAAAACACAAUGUUUAUAAUAUUGAAUCAAGAUUGUCUUCGAUCAGUAUUUGAACAUUUAUCAAUGAUGGAAAGAUUAAAAUGUCGUCUAGUUUGUCAACAAUGGAAAUCGGUUAUAGAUCAAAUGGCUAUUGUAGAAAAAUCAUUAGAAAUUUAUGCUGUUCAUUCAUAUCUAGCUAAUGAUGCUCGACAACAAUCCGGAAUGAUUGAUGAUCAUCAUCAACAACAAAUUGAUAAUGAACAAAAUAAUCAAUCAUUUAAUUAUCGAUUUAAUUAUAAACCAUGGUUUAUUGAACAAAUUAUAAAUCAAUGGAAACAAUUUAAUGAAAGUUUAAUAUCAGUCGAACCGAUUGACAAUAUUUUCAACUCAUCCAAUGAUAGUGACAAUAUUGAUUCGGAUGAUGAUGAUGAUGAUAAUAAUGAUUAUAUUCAAUUUAAUGAUAAUUCAAAAUCAUCAUUAUCAUCCAUAUGGCCGUAUUCAUCAUCAUUCACAUCAUCAACAAAAUUAUCAUCAUCAUCAUCAUUACCAAAUCUUAAUGAUAUACUUUCAUCACAUUAUUAUUGGAAUUAUGCAUUCUGUUCAACAUCAUCAUUAUUUUCAACAUAUGUAAUGAAUAAAUCUUCGCUGGUUUCACAUAAAUUUUCACAUACAUUUUGUCGUUGUCGUUGUCAAAAUCGUUUUAAAUAUUCAAUGAUUCUUGAUCGACAACAACAACAAUCAUCAUAUAAUUAUCUAAUUAAAAUGAAUCAAUUAUUGGAAAAAUUUCCAAAUAUUCAUCAUUUACAUAUGAAUAAUGUUAUUGAACUAAAUGAUACAAUAUUGGCAUUGAUUGCAAAACAUUGUCAUCAAUUACGACAUUUAAGUUUUGUAAAUUGUCAACAAUCAUCACAAUCGACAAUCACAAAUGAUUUUAACUUGUUACAACAACAAAAGAAUUCAAUAAUAGAGAACAAUUUCAUUGAAAAUGAACCAUUUUUAUUAUUUAACAACAAUUGUCUCAUAGAUGAUUAUGGCUGGAAAUUAUUGAACCGAACAUAUCCAUUAUUACAAUCAUUAACAUUACGACAAUGUCAUUUGAAUGAACAACAAUUGACCACUGUGAUACGUUAUUGUUCAUCGAUUAAUUAUUUGGAUAUAUCGGAUAAUCAACGUGUGGGAAAAUCGGUUCGAUAUUUAGGUGAAAAUAUUGAAUGUUUAAUUUGUGGUAAUCUUGCUGAAGAUGAAUCAAUUGAACAAAUAUUAGCAAAUAUUGCAUUUGGUAAUGGAAAAAAUGUUCAUUAUCUAUCUAUUUUUGGCCCAUUAAAUGAUUCGUUGAAAAUUUUUAAAGAAUUCGAUAAACUUAACAAAUUGGAACUACAUUUUCAUUCGGAUAAUGAUGAUCAAACAACAUGGUUAUCGGAUAUUGGCCUAUUAUCAUUGAAUAGUCUUGUAUUAGAACAGAUUCGUAGCUAUGAAAGUCCAUCAACCAUAAAUCAUCAACAAUUUGAACAAAUGUUAAGACGAUCAAAAAAUUUACAACGAUUACAGAUAAUUGGUGAUUUUGAUUGGAAUCUACGGUUAAAUGAUUUUUCAUUACAAUCAUUAAGUGAACAAUGUCCAAUUCUUAAAGAGCUUACAUUAAUCGGAAAUGCAUCAAUCACCGAUUAUGGAUUAUUAAAUCUUCGUCACAUUCCAUUAACACAACUUAGCUUAUCAUCAUUCAAUAUGUUAACCGAUUAUUCUAUAACAACAUUGAUAGAACAGAUACCAACAUUAACAACAAUUAUAUUGGUCGAUAUGCCACAUAUAACUAAUCGUGUUAUUGAUAAAACAAUUGAUAUUUGUAAUGAACAACCUGAUCGAUUUAUUGACUUAACAUUUAGUGAUGAACGAAUGCAUCGUCGUAUUGAAAAACAACAAUCUUGUCCCAAUGUUGAUGAUAAUAAUAUGGGUCCAUAUCCAUUAAAUUUAAAUGUUCAUUUUGAUAGUCAUAUAUGUGGUAAACAUGUUAUCGAUUCCGAACCAAGUGAUUUACAAAUGUUACUUGUCAUAUUAAUAUCGGCAUUAAUAUUAUCAAUGACAUUGUUAACAACAAUUGUUGUUAUUCUUGUACCAUUAUCAAUGUUAUUAAUAAUGGCUAAUGAAUAUAUUGGUCAAAAUUGGCUAUCAUUUUUAAAUCUAGAUAUUCUUUAUCGUUUUCUUUUAGAAUAUCAACAUCAUAUUAGUGACUGAAAUGUUGGAAACAAAAAUAUUUUUUUUUCUCAAUUCAGAAUGAU